AUGGAAUUCGGGUGUUUUGUGCAAAUAGACCUUCCGGGCAGCCACGAAAAAAAGGAGGGGCUGGUGCACGUGUCGCAGAUCGCGUCGCGGCGGAUUAACAGCGCCAAGGACGCGGUGGAGAGGGAUCAAGAGGUGUGGGUGAAGGUGAUCAGCAUGUCCGGGCAGAAACUCUCUCUCAGCAUCCGCGACGUGGACCAGAAAACGGGCAAGGACCUCCUGCCCAUGAAAAAAAAACCAUCCGCAGGGGGGGAAGACGGGGACGGCGACGACCGCAGCAACCCCGCCGGGCCAGGCACGCGCGGAUUAUCCGGGAUCCGCAUCGUCGAAGAGGAUAACGCCACGGGGCGCCGUCCUGGCCGUCGGAUGUCGUCCCCGGAGCGAUGGGAGGCGCAGCAGUUAGUCGCGUCGGGGGUCUUAGACGUGACGGAUUACCCGCAGUAUGAUGAGGAAGGCGGGGGGUUGCUGUAUCAGGACGAGGGCGAGGAGCAGGAGGUGGAGAUUGAGUUGAACGAGGAUGAACCCGCGUUUUUGCGAGGGCAGACGCGUGCGAGUAUUGACGUGUCGCCUGUUAAGAUUGUUAAGAACCCCGACGGGUCGCUGCAGCGCGCCGCCAUGACGCAGUCCGCGCUCGCCAAGGAGCGGCGCGAGCUGCGCGAGCAGCAGCAGCGCAGCAUGCUGGACAGCAUCCCGAAGGAUCUGAACCGUCCGUGGGAAGAUCCGAUGCCGGAGUCCGGCGAGAGGCAUCUCGCGCAGGAGCUGAGAGGCGUGGGUCUCGCCGCGUAUGACAUGCCUGAAUGGAAAAAAGACGCGUUUGGCAAGGCGCCCACGUUCGGGCAGCGGUCGAAACUUUCGAUGCAGGAGCAGCGGCAGAGCCUGCCGAUUUACAAGCUGAAAAACGAGCUGAUCCAGGCUGUGAACGAGAACCAGGUGCUAGUGGUGAUUGGCGAGACAGGGUCCGGGAAAACGACGCAGAUGACGCAGUAUUUGGCUGAGGCGGGGUAUACGAGCAAGGGGAGAAUCGGGUGUACUCAGCCCAGGCGUGUGGCGGCUAUGUCUGUUGCUAAGCGUGUAGCAGAGGAGUUUGGGUGCCGGCUGGGGGAAGAAGUGGGGUACGCGAUCCGGUUUGAGGAUUGCACGAGUCCUGAGACGGUGAUUAAGUACAUGACUGAUGGCAUGCUUCUGAGGGAGAUUCUGGUCGAUGAGGAUUUAAGUUCUUAUUCGGUGAUCAUGCUUGAUGAGGCGCACGAGAGGACGAUUCAUACGGAUGUGCUGUUCGGGCUGCUGAAAGAUUUGCUGGGCAGGAGGAAGGAUAUGCGGCUGAUUGUGACUUCGGCGACGCUGGACGCGGAAAAGUUUUCGAAUUACUUUUUCCAGUGCCCGAUUUUUACGAUCCCGGGCAGGACUUUUCCGGUGGAGAUUUUGUAUACCAAGGCGCCCGAGACGGAUUAUUUGGAUGCUGCCCUGAUUACGGUGAUGCAGAUUCACCUGACCGAACCUGAGGGCGACAUUCUUUUGUUUCUGACCGGGCAGGAGGAGAUUGACACGUCGUGCCAGAUUCUCUACGAGCGAAUCAAAGGGCUCGGGCCGUCGGUCCCGGAGCUUAUCAUCCUGCCCGUGUACAGUUCCCUGCCCAGCGAAAUGCAGACGAGAAUCUUCGACCCUGCCCCGCCGGGCACCCGAAAAGUCGUCGUGGCCACUAACAUCGCAGAAGCAUCUCUCACCAUUGACGGAAUCUACUACGUGGUUGAUCCGGGCUUCGCGAAACAAAAAGUCUACAACCCGAAGCUGGGUCUCGAUUCCCUCGUCAUCACUCCCAUCUCCCAAGCCUCGGCACGGCAGAGGGCCGGCCGAGCCGGGCGCACAGGUCCGGGGAAGUGCUACCGGCUGUACACGGAGAGCGCGUACCGAAACGAAAUGCUGCCCACCACAGUGCCCGAAAUCCAGCGCACCAACCUGGGCAUGACAACCCUAACACUUAAAGCCAUGGGUAUCAACGACCUGCUGGCGUUUGACUUCAUGGACCCGCCGCCGCCCCAGGCUUUAAUCUCCGCCAUGGAGCAGUUGUAUAAUCUCGGAGCGCUGGACGAGGAAGGGUUGCUGACGAAGCUCGGGCGGAAAAUGGCCGAAUUUCCGCUCGAGCCGCCGCUGUCGAAGACUCUGAUCGCGAGCGUGGAUCUGGGUUGCUCCGAGGAGAUUCUGACGAUCAUCGCGAUGCUGCAGGCGCAGAAUAUUUUCUAUCGGCCGCGGGAGAAGCAGGCGCAGGCGGACCAGAAGAAGGCCAAGUUCUUCCAGCCGGAAGGGGACCAUCUGACGCUGCUGGCCGUGUACGAGGCAUGGAAAGCCAAGAAUUUCUCCGGGCCCUGGUGCUAUGAGAAUUUUGUGCAGAGCCGGUCGUUAAGGCGGGCUCAGGACGUAAGGAAACAGCUCCUCACCAUCAUGGACCGGUACAAGCUAGACGUGGUGUCAGCGGGUCGCAACUUCAUCAAGAUCCGCAAGGCGCUCUGCUCAGGCUUCUUCUUCCACGCCGCCCGCAAGGACCCCCAAGAGGGUUACCGCAGCAUAGUGGAGAACCAGCCGGUGUACAUCCACCCCUCCUCCGCCCUCUUCCAGCGGCAGCCCGACUGGGUGAUCUACCACGAGCUCGUCAUGACCACCAAGGAGUACAUGCGAGAGUGUACAUUAAUAGAUCCCAGGUGGCUGGUGGAGCUGGCGCCGAGGUUCUUUAGGCAGGCGGACCCCACCAAGCUGAGCAAGAGGAAGCGGCAGGAGCGCAUUGAGCCACUGUAUGACCGGUAUCACGAGCCUAAUGCGUGGCGGCUGAGCAAGAGAAGGGCGUAG